UCACAUGAAAACAGCAGACAAUUGAAGCAUGAUUGAAAAUUUAGAGGCAACAAAGAAAAUACGCAACGCAAAGUUAUUAAGAUUAAAAAUGUUUAACCUUUUCCUGUUGAGAUUCUCAUCAUUUAUAAUUCUAUCGCAAGAAGAAAUUAGAAAAUAAAUACAAUUGAUUAUAUGGCCGGUUAUCGAUAGGAACGAGGGUUAAGGGAUUAAUAGUAGUUCGUUGAUUGGAAUUUUGCCUGCUUUCUUCGAUUAAAAUAAAGAAAUAAUCGCUCUCUUCCGUAUUUUUUUAAAGAUUGAAAAAGAAAUCAGUAUUUUUUUAUGUGCGCUUAUCAUUUCCUUUAGAUUGCGCAUCAUUCGUAGUAUAGUUUAUAUAGAUAUAUGCGUGUUAUGUGUACGCGCAAGUGUACUCUGUAAUACAUAUUUCUUCGAUUUGUAAAAGGGGAGUUUUGUACGACGAACUGCGCAGUGGAGGUGUUAUAGCGAGGUGUAAAAACAGGAGGGGAAGAGCUCUCGCCUCCGUUUAGCGCGAGGUAAACGCCGGUAAUGAGUGUUUAUAUAGAAACGGCGAUAACGACAUCGACGACGACAACUACGACAAUAACAACGGCGACGGGAACGGCGAAUACGGUGAUAGAACCGACAGUGACGACGACGACAACGACAACAACGGCGACGACGACGACGACGGCGACGACGACGGCGACGGCGACGACGACGGCGACGACGGCGGCGACGGCGACGGCGACGGCGACGACGACGGCGACGGCGACGGCGACGACGACGACGACGGCCACGACGACGACGACGACGACGGCAUCGACGACGGCAUCGACGACGGCAUCGACGACGGCAUCGGCGACGGCGUCGGCGGUUGUCGCGACGCCAGACACCGCGACCGGUUGGAUUGAAUUUUGUGACCGACACGCCCGUGCCUCGGCCUCCGAUUUUGCCAAGGCUUUUUGCACUUAUGUCAGCCUAAAUCUACCUGAAAGUGCCAGAUCCACCUUAUCUCAUCGUGACUUUCUCAGAAAGUUUGUUGAAAGUUUCUGCGAGCACUUCGAGAGCGAGUACUUGCGUCGAACUGUUAGAUCAUUAACUGCAUAUGAUGUUCGACAAACAGCAUUCACCGAAAGGGAUACAAAUGCUAUAUCUCAAAAUAACAAUGCACCAAUUCGUGCUUCAUCACAUGAAGAAUUUAGUGAUUACUCUGAACACGAUGGUGAAACAGUAUCACCAAAACCUGUUCACAAACCCUUCUUUCGUAGAUUAUCAUUUAAAGGACUUAAGAAAGGAAAAAGUUUCUUUCAUAAACAACAAAGCGAUGAAGUAGAAUUAUCUCAUAGUGAACACCGCAGAGAUAAACAUUCAAAAACUAAACUUUCUAAAAUUGUUGUGGAAUGUAGAAAAGAAGGUAUUGUUAAUUCUUUGAUGGGAGAGAAUAUAGAUGGAACUCAAAAAUGGGAAAAAUCUAGAUUGGCAUUGAUAAAAGCCAUCGGAGGUUAUAUGUUGGAAUUUUAUUCUCCUCCAAAGGCAGUGAAACCACGUAGUGGUGUUUUUUGUUCUGCAAUAACAGAAGCUAGAGAAACUACAGCUCUUGAAAUGCCAGAUCAUGAAAAUACAUUUGUGUUAAAAACACAAAAUAUGGAAUUUGUAAUAGAAGCUCAUGAUUCAAAUGAUAUGAGGUCUUGGCUUGCUACUAUUAAAUAUUGCAUGCGUACUGUACAACAAAAUUCUACUACACCUGUUUCUGGUACACGAGAUUCAAUUGCAGAUUCUUUGGGACAUGCUUCACUUGGAAUCACGAAUGAAGGUGAUAGAUUAAGGGCCAAUUCAGCAAGUAAAGGUUCUCGAUUAACAUCUCAUGAGCAUACAGAGGAAGCAUUAUCUAAUCCACCAGAAUUGCCUCCAAGAUUGCGUAUGCGAAGUAGUAGUAACUUAGAAUUAUGUUCAUCGCAACAAGAAAUUGAACAAUUAGCUGCAAAUGAUGGUGAACUAGAUCUAUCAAGUAGUUUACGAGAGUAUCCUUGGUUUCAUGGUACAUUGCCACGUUCAGAUGCAGCACAGCUUGUCUUGCAUAGUUCUGCUAAUGGCCAUGGUGUCUUUCUUGUCCGGCAAAGUGAAACACGAAAAGGAGAAUUUGUAUUAACAUUUAACUUUCAGGGAAGAGCAAAGCAUUUACGAAUGACAUUAAAUGAUCAAGGCCAUUGUCGUGUCCAACAUCUUUGUUUUCCGGCGAUAUAUGAUAUGUUAGAACAUUUUCGUCAGAAUGCCAUACCUCUUGAAUCUGGUGGAACUGCCGAUGUUACUCUAACAGAAUUUGUGGUGGCUAAUCCUGCUUAUCGAAUGACACAUCAUCAUAUGAUAGGCGUAAUGCAACAGUCUCAAGAAAGGAGACCUCCAGUAGCUCCAGAGCCCAGAGAAGUACACACAUAUGGAGGUUCUAUAAGAACACGCACUGACUCCUUGGAAAGACUGGAACAACUACAUAACAUUGCAGAGCAACAAGGUUCAACAUCAAACACUGGCAGAGCAGUUCAAAAUACGUAUAGUUUUCUCUGACGAUGGAUUCGUUAUAAUUUUUAUCAUUAGAACAAUAUUCGUUUUGUUUUUCAGAUUAAGUUGCAUCAAUAAUAUGAACUAAGGAAAUCUCCUAUAAGUAACUUCUGAAACAUAUGUUCUAUAUUAAAAUAUUUUGAACAAGUAUACCCUUUGGUAGACCGGCCUUUUGAAAAGCUAUACCACAUUGUUUAAAAUUCAAUAUUUUGCCAAUAUCAUUAUUAUAAUUACAGUAUGAUUAAUGAAUCAAUUUGUUUAUUUCAAAACGUAAGUACUAGCAACUAAACCAUUUUCUAUUGAUAUGAAUUUUACAUUUGAUACCAAGUUUAUAAUCAUCAUAAAUGAUUUUUUAUAUUUCAUAAUGUUGAUUUUUAUAAUCUUUUAUGGAAAUGAUUAUGAUAUUGGCAAAAUAAGAUUACAUUCUGCAAUGUAUUAAGAGCUUAAACUUAAGGUAGCAUUUGAAGUAACUUUUGGAAACUUGAUUUAAUUUUAUAAAAUGCGUUUUUUUAGAUUAUAAGAAAUAAGAUAAAUUUGUAAAUCUAUUGAAUUUAUUUGUGUUAAUGAUGGUGCACACAAAUUUUAAAAACAUUUUUAAAUUCUUCUCAAUACAAAUUUUUAAAAAAUUUGUAUGAUUUAUCAAGUAAUAUUUUGAUAAAAAUUUACUUUUUUUUUUAGUUUAUUUAAGACAUUUACAAAGAGAAAACUCAUAAUAAUUUGUUUCUUAUGAGCCUUUUUGCGUGCAUGAAGUAUAAAGUUACAUAUUUUGGAAUUUAUUUUUAAUUUGUUUUACAAUGUAUUAAUUUUAAAUUAUGGAUAGUUGAAACUACAUGGAGUAAUAUUAAUAUUUAAUAGAUUUUUUAACUCUUGUAAAUGAGUGAAAUUUUCUUUGCUAUAUGCUUUAACAUAUGUAAGGAGGCUUGUAUAAAUUAAGACUUAUGAUGUAUGUACUUACAUAAUGUCACACAUGAGAACAUGUAUGUACAUGUAUGUACCUAUUUUUGAUUGCAAAUUAUGAACUGCCACAUAUUACAACCUA